UGAUAAAAAUCUAUGAACAAAAAUUUAGCAAAAAGACUCUAAAAAUUCCUCUUUUAUUCCUUCCUCGUAAUUAUUUCCUCUAUGUGAGCUAGUUAGAUAUAUAGCCCCUAUGAGUGAUCACAAUGGCAAGUUUGAAAAUUUUGAGAAAGAAAAAGGAGAAAGGAAAUAUGAAGGGUCUGUUGAUGAGAACCAUCUCCCUCACGGCAGGGGAACUCUAACCUUUCCAACUGGUGAAAGAUUCAUGGGAAAGUUUCAACAUGGCGUCAAACAGGGUAAAGGAACAUAUUUCUUCAUUGACGGAAGCACGCUCUCUGGAAGGUAUCAUAACGACAGCCUACAGGGCCCAGGGGUCUACACCUACGAGGAUGGAAGUCGGGUUGAGGGCAACUAUGUAGAUGGAGAACUCCAUGGGAAGGCUACAGAAUAUGACGAAGAUGACAACCUGAUAUUUUCUGGGUCGUACAAACAUAACAUUCGGAAUGGAGUGUGUUGGAUUUAUAAACCAGAUGAUGGUACUUUACUUGGAAAGGUUAAUCAGUCUGGAGGAAUGACGGGAGAUAACAUUGGCUACAUCUACCCCGAUGAACACACAGCCCUCGUUGGACAUUUUGUGGAAGGGCGUAUGAUACUGGGAAGACUUGCACAAUUGAGAUCGGUUUUGGAAGAGUGUGUUGUCUAUGGGAAACGAAGAGAUGCCCCAGGCUACCAUUACGAUGAAUCUACCUCAACUCAUAUUUCCUCUGAUCCCCUCCUUGCUGAUCCUUACGAAGCUAAUCUAGUCCACGUCGAGGAGUCGAAGAUACCGUGCGCUAACGAGGGAUUGUUUGCAAGCUGUGAUAUAGAGGCCGACACUGUCGUCUCUUUCUACAACGGAGUUCGUCUCUCUCGUGAUGAGGUUGAUUUGCGCGACUGGUCCCAGAAUUCCAACGCAAUCUCGCUGGAUGAUAAAACUGUGAUUGACGUUCCGGCUCAAUUCAGCUCGACAUUGGUUUACUGCGCGUCACUUGGUCACAAGGCAAAUCACUCCUGCAGUCCCAAUGCCAUGUAUGAUGCAUUUGACCAUCCAAGAUUCGGCUUCAUCAAAUGCAUUAAGACGAUUAAGUCGGUGAAACAAGGCGAGGAAAUCACGGUUUCAUAUGACUUUGACUAUAAAGGAGAGAAAAAAGCUCCCGAGUGGUAUAUAAAUUACGAACUCAGGACAAAGACACGGGCUUUCGAGGCAGAUGCCAAUAGAGAAAGUAUACAAAAGGAAAAUGAGACUUUGAAUGAAUGCAAACCAAAAAGAUGCAAGUAUGAUUUGAAUUAUGAACUGGAAGCAGACGUCGAUGGAGAAAAUAUGCAGAACAGGAAUGGGACUCUUGAUGGGCGUCGCCUAAAAAUGUUUAACCGAUGUGAUUACAAUUCAGAAGAUACGGGUUGGAAAUGCAAAACAAAAAGUGCUGAAAGUGAAUCUUGUGACUUGGGUACAAAUGACGUGAGAAUUCUCAUAAGUAAUUUCUCAUGAUGGGGAAUAAUGUUAAAAGUUGCAGAAACAGAAAUUGUUGCUAAUAUCAUGAAUGCCCAAACUACUUUCAAUUGUCGUGAGGCUAUAGGCAGGAGCAAGCAGGUUAAAUUGGUCAUCAUCAGGUGCGGAAUAUGCACAGUGACGGGCCUGGUUCAUGUUUGUUUAAGAACAGCUUUACAUGCAUUCCUCAUACAAGUUUCAUUAGUUUAAAUACUGUCAGAUGGGAGAGACCCCUAUUGGUGACUUCCUGUAACUUAGUCUGGGUACCAGGCUCCUCCCCAGAGACUCCCUUUAAACACUUGUCAAGUAUUGGUAAGCAUUUAUGUCAAAAUCUGAGCCACUAAUGGUUGUAAGAAAAUCAUGCUAUAUAUUUCUAUGUUAUUUGUCGUGAUUCAAAUGCUCAGAAUGUGAGUCAGAAUUUUGCUCACUAUAAUCUCGUUUGUUAAUUGUUGUGAGAAAAUCAUGCUGUAUAUUUAUAUGAUAUUUUGCGUGAUUCAAAUGCUCAGAGUCAGAAUUUUGCUCACUAUAAUCUCGCUUGUUAAUUAUUGUGAGAAAAUCAUGCUGUAUAUUUAUAUGAUAUUUUGCGUGAUUCAAAUGCUCAGAGUCAGAAUUUUGCUCACUAUAAUCUCGUUUGUUAAUUAUUGUGAGAAAAUCAUACUGUAUAUUUCUAUGAUAUUUUUCGUGAUUUAAAUACUCAAUAGUCAGUAUUUGAUCACUAUAAUCUCGGUUGUUAAUUGUUAAAAGUUGCAUAAUUUUGCUUACAUGUAGUUCGUUAUUUUUAGUUGGGAUAAGCAUUUAAAUAUCUUCCUUUUCCAAUAAGAGGCGUGUUAUUGUGUUUUAUGUUUAAUAACAACGAUAAAGUUUGGCAUUAUAUGUCACUUUUUUGUUGGGAUACGAUUUAUUUUGUUAUGAUACAGAUUCUCAGAUCAUGUCUAAAUCUGAUUUAGUUGUACACUGGUGUGCAAUGAUAUCAGGACAGUAGCAAUUUUGUUCACCUUUCAAGUCCAUAGCCCCAGCAGUUACGAAACGUGCCGUUAUUACGGACAACGGUAUAAAGAUCACCAGGCCCCGGUUGUUCAAAAAGUCAAAAUCCACGUCAGGUGAGCACAAAAAUUACUAUUGUCCUAAUGUUUUUGCAAACCAAUGUAUGUUGCAUUGUUAGGCUUGGAAUUUCCUGCCUUUUCUGAUCAAGGCAGUCGCCAAGAAGUGUCUUCAUAUAUGUACUUUAUUUCCUCAUGAUAU